UUUCUUUUCCGAUCCCUUUAUAAACCAACCCACCCCCAUUUCCCUCCAUAUCCCCUCUCGGCUCUCUCUCAUGUAAAAAGACAAAAAAGUCCAACGGAAAAUCAGAGAAGCUAGGAGAAAUGGAAGGGCUGAAAGGGUACUGGAAGCGAAAAGACUACGAGCGGCUCGAUGGGUCCGGUCGGCGAGGCAAGAAAAAGCACCAGAUUGAGCUGGGUCGGACCCGACGCAGGCGAUUCUGGCGGAUCAAGAUCACACCGAAACUCCGUAUGUUUCGAUUGAGCUCGCCCAAGAAAUUCCUCAUCCGUAUAAGGGACGCGUACGUUAAAAUGAUGCUGGGAUUCGCGAACUCUGCCGCUCUCAACGGUGGAUUCGCGUACUCAGCGGACGUGGAUUCGAGAGUCUUAGGAUUCGGUAGACCCGCGCUGAAGGAGUACGAUGAGAAGGUGAUUGUUGAGAUUUAUAAGUCGUUGAUGGUGCAACGGCAGCUGAUGGGUGAUAGAGAAGGAAUGAAGGUUGGGGAAGUCGCGUGUGCACGGUAGAGAUAUUCUCCUUCGUUGUAUUUGCUUUUUUUCUUUUCUUUUCUACUCUUUUUAAUUUCCAUGGAGGGUUUGGUGCGUGUAAUAAUCGUAGAAAUUGACUUUUUUAGCCCUUUGAGAAGGAAGUUAAGAUUUUUCA